GUCGUCGUCGUCAUCGUCGUCGUCGUCGUCGCUGUCGUCCUUCUCCUCUCCCCCGCAUCAUCCCCCUCCUGAAUUCUUUGCUCUCCUCGCUCCCCUCCCCCUCUGCCUCGGCCCACUGGUCAGCGUCGCAGGGACCACCUUCCGUGGAAAGCGCUUCCACUACAAGGGCUCCAUCCUGCACAGGUUGAUCCCUGGGCUCAUGAUCCAGGGCGGGGACUUCGAGAACGCCAACGGCACGGGCGGCGAGAGCAUCUACUCCCGCCGCUUUGCGGACGAGACCUUCGCCGACAGGCACACACGCCGCGGUCUGCUGGCCAUGGCAAACGAUGGGCCCAACACGAACGGCUCCAACUUCUUUAUCACUUUCGCGGCCGCGGAGCACCUCGACAAGCGCCGCCGCCGCGACAGUUUCUGCUGA